UUAGGCAUGUUGGUUAUAUGAUGUUGAUUAUCCCACAUGUUGGUUAUAUGAUGUUGAUUAUCCCACACUUAAGCAUUGUUUCAGUUGUGGUAAGGACACAGUGAGUCACUUGUUUCACAGUAAAUAGUGAGUAUUUUGAAAAAAUUAUAAAAAGAAACAAAUAUCUUGAGAGACCCUCUGUGUUCUUACCACAACUGAAACAAUACUUAAAUACAUGUAACUGCAUUUGUUUGUCUCAUUACCCUUGCGUCUCCUUUGAUAGACAAUGUUAAAGUUUAGAUUGCAAAAUCUGCUGGUUUAGAUUGCAAAAUCUGACUUACAUUCAUUCAUCCAUCCAUCCAUUCCCUCCUCCUGAAGGAGGAAUGUUAUUCUGUCAAGUCUUAUAUGCACCAUAUUGAUGAACUUACCAUCAUCCUCACCACUUUCAUCAUCAUCAUCAUCAUCAUCAUCAUCAUCAUAUUCCUUUUGUGCAAACCACACCUGGCAAUUAAUAAGCAGGAAAAAGGGUGUCUUCUUUCCCAUUUUGAUGACAGCUGUCACCAUGCAGGAAGAAGGGCCUGGAGGGAGUGGGCCUUUUAGUAUGGGCAGUGCCAGAAGAGAGGCAAGGGAGCACAUGCCCCCCCCAAAGGAGAUUUCCCCUCACUUACCCCCUGCCCCAAUUGCUGGACCCCUGUCAUUAUGCUAUUUCAUACUGCUAUUUUUCUUCAGAGGUGUGUGACACAGCCAGUGGCAGACCUACAUUUCAGGGGUCCUGAAGCUUGACCUGUAAUGGAGGUCCCUUUGCAACCAGAAACAAGGUCUGGGCAACCACUGUUCUCUUCUACAAUGGGUUGUUCUUUAAAAAAAAAACUAUUGCAUCUCAAAUUUUGAAUAAAAUUACUGUAUUAUCUCACAUGUCAAAGUGUGAAUAAAAAUUCCUUAUGCCUUAUAGUUUUCUUGCCUAUGCCUUAUAGUUUUCAAGUUAUGGGGCAGGGGAUGAAAAUUAGAGAACUGUUACAUUCAUGCAUGAUGCAUCAUAGAAAGAUUUGAGUUGUGCCACUCAAAUUGGUUCUCCUAGACCCGAAAUUGAUAAACAAUGUGGACUAAAGUCUCUUCCGGAGCCCUCCAGGGUUAGGGGGCCCGAAGCUUAAGCUUCAUUAGUUUCAUAGCAGACCCACCCCUGGGCACAGCUCACCCACCCAGAACUAUACUUUGCUUUUCCUGUGCCCUCCCCCAAAUUAUCUUCCUGUUGCAGUGGCAGAGUGUUCCCCACUGGGCAGGCAAGUGUGUGCCAGGGCACUCACAGUGCGCCAUGGGGGCGGGGCACACCUUGGGGAUGGGGGCACACCGCCGGACCGGUCCCCACCCUCUGGCCAGCUGGCUUUGAGGGGUGCAUGCAUGGCACCCUGCGAGGCCAGCAGCACUUUGUGAGACUCGAAAGAAAGGCGUUGGGCUGGCAGGGCGCAGUGAGCUGUUUGUGUCCUUCUCAAGCGCCCUCCAGCUGGAAGGGGGCUGAAAAGGGCACAACAGCUCACAACUGCCUUGUGCAUCUGCAAAACUGUGCCCGGGGUGACGCCCCCCCCCACCUCGUCCCCCCUACACCUCUGCUCUGCUGCUGCCAUGGCUUUUUAAGAGGGAGGUGCUGACCCAAGAAGGCUCAAGACCUUCCGCAGUCAGGCAGCUCCCCCUGCUGGAAGAGCAAGAGGUUUGUGCAAACAAGUUCUCUGACUCCUCCACCAAGAUCUCAAGCACCUCAUCUCCUUCUCCCUCUCCGGCUCUUUCUCUUCCUCUGUGCCGUUCACAACCCGCACCUGGAAGACUACUAAACGGCAGGGGGCUUCUGCCCAUUUUUUCAGGUGACCCAUUUGUGCUUGUGGCAAUCCGAGCGGGGGUCCUGCAUUUCCCCGCCCCACCUUUAUCUGUGGCAUCCAUCACGCUGCCCACAAUGGGAAAUGGGGAUGCAGGAAUGGGUGGACCAUUCUGCUGAUGCUCUGGGGCCGGGUCUCGUCCUGAGGAGUUGAGGCGGGUGGGAAGAGAAACACGCAGCCUCUGGCCCCCGAGAACAGCAGGUCUCCGGCUUCUGCUGCUUUCUGCGCCGCCUCUGCUGCUUCCUCUUCCUUAGAUACCAAGUUAGCAACGCUAAACCAAUCCAGAGCCCCCUCCCCGCCUUCUCCCCCCUCCGCUCUCUAGGCUUCUCUCUCCAGCUCAGCUUUGCUUUCUCAGCCAUGAAGACCCAGAAACUCGGACAUCUCUUGCUCGGCUGCUGCUUCCUCCUGCUGCUGCUUCUGGGGCUGGCAGGAGCUGAACAGCACACUUUUGAUGUGACCAUUUGGCCGAAAAACCCUGUGGUGGUGCAUGGUGGGUCUCUCUGGCUGAACUGCAGUGCCAGCUGUCAGGAAACAGAUGCCAGGGGAAGCUUGGAGACAUCUCUGAUCAAGGAGAAGAGAGACAAUGGGACCGGCUGGGCAGCCUUCCAGCUUGUGAACAUCACGGAGUGGGCGCCCACUGCAGAGUGCUCCUUCAGCUGUUACGGAAAGCACAGAUCUGUGCAUGCAAACAUCACGGUGUAUCGUUUCCCUGAGCCUUCCUUGAAGAUCCUUCCAUCUCAGACUCUUGUGAAUGAUUCUGUGACCAUUAUAUGCAAUUCUUCUGAUACUCAGCCACCCGGCAUUUCUCUUCAAAUCAAAAUUGCUUCUGGAAGGACCCUGGUGUCUGGCAACCAGCUCUCUCUGCAGUCCACCCUUAUAGCUGAGAAGGAAGAUAAUGAGAGGGAAUUCAUGUGUGAAGCAGAAUGGGGGAUUGGUGGUGAGACCAUCCUUAAGCAGACGUCUGCCAAUCUUACUGUCUUCUAUGUGCCGGAAAUGGAUGAGUCCACUUGUCCCAGCAACCAUACGUGGGUAGAGGGGACACACCAAACCCUCCACUGCCUGGCUGAGGGGAACCCCAAGCCAACUGUGGCUUGCUCCAAAGAAGGUGUGGCUCACAACAUGGAAAAAGAGGAACGGGUUAACCGGACCCAAACCGGCGUCUAUAACUGCACUGCCACUAAUGAGCUCGGCUCCAUCACCAGAACAGUCACCAUCUACGUGGAAUACGGGCCUCAGCUGAGUGAGUCUGACUGCCCAAGUAACCAAACUUGGGUUGAAGGCAGCCAACUGGAUUUCAUUUGCCAAGCUCAUGGGGUCCCAGUUCCAGAUGUUUCCUGCAUGAAAGAUGGUAAAGUGUACAAUUCCAACAAAUUGCAGAACAUCACACAAAGCCAUGCUGGUGUUUAUCAAUGCAACGCUACCAAUGCACAUGGAUCAAGCAGCAAGAUGGUCACAAGCAGAGUUGAGUAUGGGCCUGAGAUGAAUGAUUUGAGUUGCCCCCAUAGCUGGAUCUGGACAUCAGGGACAGAGCAAAUGUUCACCUGCUCUGCUGGGGGAGACCCAGAGCCAACCAUUGAGUGCAUUAAGGAUGGUGUGACGUACAGCCCUGGGCAUCUCCAGAGUGUCACCAGAGACUAUGCCGGCACCUACCUCUGCACAGCCACAAAUGUGCAUGGCUCCCGCACCAGAGCUGUGAGCAUUCAAGUGGAGUAUAAACCAGAAAUGGAUGAAUCUAGCUGUCCAAGUAACUGGAUCUUGGUGGAGGGGGUGCUGCCCUCCUUUACCUGUAAAGCUGAGGGGAUUCCGCCUCCAGAGGUUACAUGCACCAAAGAUGGCAUGACAUACUACCUUAGCCAAGGACAAGGGAUCCCACUCUACAAUGGAACCUUCUGGUGCAAUGCCACAAACCGGCUUGGGACAGUGGCUAAGGCAGUUGCGGUUACAGUGGAAACCAAACCUAAAAUGGAUGAGUCCAGCUGCCCAAGCAACCAGACCUGGCUUGAGGGGACUUUGCAUUCGCUGGCCUGUGAAGCCAAUGGGACUCCCACCCCACUGGUCAUUUGUGCCAAGGAGGGAGGCAUUGAGGAGUUCUACAGAGAACGGAAUGUCAGCAGGAAUGACUCUGGCAUCUACCAAUGCAAGGCCACCAAUGGCCAUGGAACUGAGAGAUGGUUGGUGAAUGUGCAAGUGGAAUACAGGCCUGUUAUCUCCAUUCUGGCAGUCAGUGGUACCUUACCCAUCAGAAGGGGAGAAAACUUUACCAUCACCUGCCAGGCGGAUGGGUCUCCAGCUGCCAGCUACUCCUGGAAGGUGCCUCAGGCCUCCAACCUCAACUAUGGUGGCAAUAACAGCACAGUGACUGUUGCCAGCGCAGAUGGACAGAACAGUGGUGUGUAUGAGUGCACAGCCAGCAACAAGCAUGGGCAGCAGCACAGCCAGGUGGAGAUCAAGGUGGAAGAUCAUUGGCUUUACAUUAUUGCUGUCAUAGCAAUUGCUGCCGCCACCAUGUUGGUCCUGGGAGGAAUGGCUGGGGUCAUUUACUACCUCAAAUCCACAGCCUGUAAAAAAGGAGAGUACAAUGUCCGUGAUGCAGAGAAUUCCACCGAAGCUACUUGCCUAAACCGUGAGAGGACCUGUGAUGGUGACAUCUAUGGUAUACAGCUCACCAGAACCUGAACAAGUCUCUGGACAGGUACCUCAGGCCUUGCCUGCUGAGACACAGCCAGAGAGGGAUGGGUAAAAGACACCUUUCCUGUACAACCACCAGACUUCUAUCCCCAUCUCUGUCUCUGAAGGAAGGGGUCAUACACUGGAUUAUACAGUGCUCUGCUUCACUGUGGAGUUGCUGAACAGCCUAUUGAGAGAGACACCAUUGAGGGUUGUCAGGGUGGAGAGCCAGUUUUUGUGCCCCAUGGUUAGGGUGCCAGCCAGACAUUUUGCAUGGCACUCCUA